AACAAAGUGAGCACAAGAGACAGAUGACUUUACAAGAGAGAACCUUAUUUGAGGGAUUCUGUCCGCUUCCGUAUGACACAUCUGGUAUCUGGACGACUGAAAUCAAGUUUAACAUUUCAAAUGACGGAGUACGUUUCACAGACACGUAUCAAGUUAUUAUAUAUCAGUCCCAUUGUCAGGAGUACCACAAUGAAUCCGGAAAUGUGUAUUUCAUCUUAAAGGAACAUUUCUGUUUCAUCGACAGUAAAUGCAUUAGUUCCAUGCAGAAUAGUUCCAUCAAUGAGUGUCUAUACUGCAAUACAACAAAUGAUAAAUUCAACUGGACAGAAAAUGAAUCCUGUGGACAAACAACAACAGAAAGUAUGACAACAACAAUGAUUCAUACAGACACAGAAUCCACAUUGAGGAGCUCAACAGAACAAAUAGAAGAGACUACAGCUUCUAUUACGACAGCUGCACAGGACAAAACAACAUAUACCAAAGCAACCUCUCCAAUCACAACUACAGAAAACGAACAUACAUCUAUGUUUUGCUGA